AUGCCUCGUCGCAGCGCAGCCGUGUACCGUGCCCUCUUCACUGCGGCCCGUGCUCCGCCAGUUGCACCAGCACCAUCACCAGUACCUGCACCUGUACCAGCACCUGUACCUGAGCCUGAGGUCGUCGCCUCUGCUAGCGACGAGGAGGAGGAGGCUUUGGACACGGGGUCUCCUACGCCUACACCCUCAGCGCCUACUUCGGUGGCAGUUCCGAUCCCACAGGCCGCCGCUCCAGCUCCACCUGCGCCUGCACCACCUGCGCCCGCACCGCACGCGUCUACGGGUUCAGCACCGACGCCUUAG